GAGAGGGGUUUCUUGUUUCUCUGCCACUUAGCAGUUUAGUCGUUUAGCAAAGGUUUGUUGGUUGGUUUAAGGGGGCUGGGGUUUUCAGUUUCCAAAAUGGCUUCUUCUUCCACAUUUGCCAUAGCCACUUUCUUUUUUCUGCUAUGCUUAACUACCCCUCUGUUUCUUGCCAACCCUCAACACCACGCCCACCAUCCUCGCUUUGCUUCUCAUAACUAUAGAGAUGCUCUCGCCAAAUCCAUUAUUUAUUUUGAGGGUCAGAGGUCAGGCAAGCUCCCUUCUAACCAGAGGAUCACUUGGCGCAAAGAUUCUGGCCUUUCAGAUGGCAAAGCCAUGGGUGUUGAUUUGGUUGGUGGAUAUUACGAUGCUGGAGACAAUGUGAAGUUUGGUUUCCCAAUGGCAUUCACCACCACAAUGCUGUCAUGGAGUGUGCUUGAGUUUGGUGGAUUGAUGAAAGGAGAGCUACAGAAUGCUAAAGAAGCCAUUGGUUGGGCUACAGAGUAUCUUCUCAAGGCCACUGCUCAUCCGGACACCAUUUACGUUCAGGUGGGGGAUGCAGGAAAGGACCACUCUUGUUGGGAGAGACCUGAGGAUAUGGACACCCCAAGAAGUGUUUUCAAGAUUGACAAAAACACUCCAGGGACUGAGGUUGCUGCUGAAACUGCUGCUGCUCUGGCUGCUGCAUCUUUGGUCUAUAGAAAAUGCAACCCUUCUUACUCCAAACUACUAGUCAAAAGGGCCAUCAGGGUGUUUGAAUUUGCGGAUAAGUACAGAGGUUCAUACAGCAAUGGGUUGAGAAAAGUAGUGUGCCCCUAUUAUUGCUCAGUUUCUGGAUAUGAGGAUGAGCUGUUGUGGGGUGCUGCUUGGUUACAUAGAGCCACAAAGAACCCAUCUUAUCUCAAUUAUAUCCAAAGGAAUGGGCAAAUUCUUGGUGCUGCAGAGACUGAUAACACAUUCGGGUGGGACAAUAAGCAUGUUGGAGCAAGGAUUCUUCUUUCCAAGGCAUUUCUUGUUCAAAAGCUUCAAUCUCUUCAUGAUUAUAAGAGUCACGCGGACAACUACAUUUGCUCCCUAAUUCCAGGCACACCAUUUUCUCAGGCUCAAUAUACACCAGGAGGGUUACUCUUCAAGAUGGAUGACAGCAAUAUGCAGUAUGUGACCUCCACCUCUUUCCUGCUAGUCACCUACGCCAAGUACUUAACUUCCGCUCGCAUGGUAGUUAAAUGUGGUGGAGUUGUUGUGACACCAAAGAGGCUACGAAACAUAGCCAAAAAGCAGGUGGACUACUUGUUAGGAGACAAUCCAUUGAAAAUGUCAUUCAUGGUGGGAUAUGGAGCUAGGUAUCCACAGAGGAUUCAUCACAGGGGAUCUUCAUUGCCCUCGGUCUUGAACCAUCCAUCAAAAAUAGAAUGCAGGUCCGGAUUCAGUGUGAUGAGUUCACAAGCACCAAACCCGAACGUACUGGUUGGGGCUGUGGUUGGUGGUCCGGAUGAGCAUGAUCGUUUCCCAGACGAGCGUUCAGAUUAUGAGCAAUCUGAACCCGCGACAUACAUUAACGCUCCACUAGUUGGAACACUGACUUACCUUGCUCACUCAUUUGGCCAACUCUAGAGAAAAAGUGUAAUGGGCAACUCUAGAGAUAAAACAGUAGAAUCAAGAAUGAAGCCAUGUUGAUUUUUAUUUUUUUUUUUUCUAUAUGCUUUGUUACUAGUAAAAUAGGGAGUAAUAUAAUAUAGGUCCUAAUUAUCCUAUU